AAUAACAAACACCACCUCUGAACCAGUUGGCGUCUGUUUAGUGGGUUUCCGUGGCACCGUCUUUGUUCUUUUAGGUCAAAGUUACAUUUGAUCCAGUUUAAUGAUGGAAACCAACGCCAAUGUGACGUUGAUGGUUCUGUACGAGGACGAGUCAGUAGAGGUUCGAUACGGAAACGGAGCAGAGUUACAGCUUUCACCGUGUGGCUGUGAGUUCCUGCUGCUGAAAGCUGCAGACCCCCGUGGACAUCCACUGCAGCCCACCGAGAGGGUCCGACAGAGAACCAGGUUUACCGUCAGCACCUAUAAGGAGUGUUUGGUAGCUGCCUUGGCUUUCAGAAAUAAGUAUUCUACUCGUCCAUACCUGGUGGAUGAACUCAUACCUGCUGACCAGAAACAGCCUUUUUUCAGUAUUGAUUCAGAGGUCCAGUGGCCCCAGGUGUCCCAUUGUGACUCUGAGCUUGGACCUGAAGGAGAAAUCAUCAUCAGAUCUAAGGAUGGACGAGCAGAGCUGAUGCUGUCGCCCUCAGGUGAAGACUUCACUGUUAAGUUCAAAUGCACCCUCAGCCAGGCUCGCAAUUGGCAUCACCACAAUGGAAGCCCAAACACUCAGCACCAGGCAGUAAAUAAUGUGGCCAGUCCAGGAGGGGGUUCUGGCAUCAGUGAUGACAGCAAAGAGAGUUACCAAGCACAAGGAAACGGCAGCAAUAAACGAUCAGUGACCAUUCUCAGCACCAAGCCUGAGGAGGUAUUUCAGUCCACCACAGUGGUUCAGCAUCACUCUUGCUGUGCUGUUUCGACAACAUGGUCUUACCCGCUUUCCUUGGCGCAGCAUCAGUGGACACACACUAUUGACACAGCACUUGAACACGUCCAAGCCAAUGGGAGCAGGACUCCGACUCAGGAAGAUGGAAGGGUGUCAGAAAAAGUCCCAGAGGAGAGAAAGAGUCAUCUUCCUCAGGCUCUUCCUCUGUCAUGUCCGACGCCUCACUGGCACAGGUGGAAACUGAAAGACCCCUUGGCCAAAAAAGAGCAUUCAGAUGACCUCCCAACAGAGCUGGUUAAAGUCAUGUGGUGUCAAGGAGUGACCUACAGGAUCCUAUGUGGAGCUGUCUCAGUCAUAGAAGUGUCCCCAGGAGAUGGUUCACUUAUUCGGUCAAACGGCGUCCUUGACAGUUAUUUUACCCACUACAAACCUGAGCUCCAGUCAGGGGAGGUAAAAGAGGUGACGUAUCAUUUGAACAGCCUUCCCCCUGACGUACCAGGACAACCCUACUCAGUAUACUCUAUUGUGAAUCGUGCAAGCAGGAUCCUCAUGUGCCACAACCAGGCCAAGCAAUCAUUAAAACUCCCUGCUUCACCCAGCUGCUUAGUAGAGGCUUCACGCUUUACAGAACCCAAAAUAUCUGAAGAACUUCUGAGCAGUGUUCCAUCUGUUAAACAACAAAUAAAUGUUGUACAGAGUCGGUCAGAUCUUGUAGCGGAUGAACUGGAGAAGAUAAAGAGAUUCAACUUUCUGCUGGAGAACAGUCACCUGCUCAGAGGUGACAGAAGCUGUAGAGAACUAGAUAGCAGUUCUGCAGAAGAUGUGACUCCUGUGCCGGUGAACGAGAACUGCAUCGCUGAAGCUCUUCAAAGGACAUCUAAAACCAUACAGGACAUUGAUGCUCUAAUAUCUGCAGCCACACUGACCUAGUGAGCCCUGAUUAAAAGAAGUGAAGAAGCAGAAAGACUUGUGCACACUGUAAGCACCUCACUUUUGUAACAUUAAAGACCAAUAACUUUCACUGCAAGCCGUAGAAAUUGAAAUAAAUACUUGAUUGUGCGUGUUUUUGAAUUCUUGUUCUUACUUGCAUACUUCAGGAUUCGUUCAACUGCUUGAAAUCCUUGAAAAUACUUGAAUUUCAAUGUUGUUUUCAAGGUCUGGAAAGUGCUUGAAUUUUACUUUUAAGUGCUUGAAAGUGCUUAUAAUUCUAACUCUGUGAUGUGAUUUAUUUAUUUGUUUUUAAUAUUAACUCUGCCAGGUUACAUGCCAGCCAGAGCUUCUUACAGAGAGGUAAUACAUUUGGAAAAAUAAAACUUAAUGUAAAAAAAGGAAAUUCCCAGGUGUUUUCAGGUCGUCUCCAGGUACAUUUUUAUGUUAAUCUUUGAAUCGGUGUGAGUGUGUCUGAAGAACACCAAGUGGUUUCCCUUUUUUUGGAUAAAACUUUGUGUUCUCUUUUAAUUUCUAAACUUUUCGCUAUUACGAAACAUAAUUGUAGGUGUUUAUAGCAUAAUACAAUGAACAUCACUGUGAAAAAAACUGAAUAAAAUAUUCCUGAGUAUAUAUAUUCUUGUAGAUAUGGAUUUUAUUCCAUUGAUAACAUGCAAUGCUGGAAAAUUUUGAAAAUGACCCUUAAAAGUGCUUGAAUUUGACCUUGAAAAAUGUGUAUG